GUUUACCGACAGAUACAUUAAGUCAAAAAGAGGAGGGAGAGCUUCAAUCUUCAAUGUAUGUAAAUAAUCCUUCGGGACAGAUUUCACAUUUCCUUAUAUCUUUGUGACUUUUAAUUGCUGGGGAAUAUCAUAUCUUUCAUAUGUAAAAUAUCUCAUCUCACUUUGUUGCAAUUAUUACAUUGUUAAAACGAUUGUCACGUGAACUUAACCUGUCGCAGCCGCAUAUAUAAUAUCUUGUAAACAUUUCCCAAAUAAAGGUAUAAUUUACAGACAAUGGAACACCAAUGCAAUUGUGGCAGUGCACAUGAUGCGAUAGAAUUAGGUGUCAGUUAUACUUUAUAUGAAAAAAUAGAUAAGGAUCGAGUGGAAUGCCUAAACGAAAAUGAGGAAGGUAGUGGUGUUAAAGUCUUUAAAACUUGGGAAGAGAGAUUAGAUAGAACAAAGUUUGUAGAAAGUGACGUUGAUGCUGAGCUCCUGUUUAAUAUACCUUUCACAGGGGAUGUAAAAUUAAAAGGACUUAUUAUAAUUGCACAGGAGGAGUUUUCGCCCAAAACAGUAAAACUAUUCAAAAAUCGACCGCACAUGACGUUUGAAGAUGUAAAUAUUAGUCCAGAACAAGAAUUUGAGUUAAUCACAGAUUUGUAUGGAGUACAUGAAUAUCCUGUGAGAACUGUAAAGUUUUCAUCGGUACAGCAUCUAAGUCUUUAUUUUGUCGGCGAUAGUAACAUGGAACAUAUUGAAAUCUCCUAUAUUGGUCUAAGAGGAGAAUGGACACCAGCGCACAGACAUGGUGUCACUAUUUGUACAUAUGAAGCACGUCCCUUAAGCAGCGAUCAUCCAACAGAUUUCAAUGAAAUCAGUAGGGCAAUUAAAUAAUAUCUCAACUAAAAUGACAUAUUUCUGAAAUAAUGCUCUUAAAUAUGGGAAAUGACCGAUAUUGAAAGGAUGCUGUUAUGAGAAAUAAUGUAUAUAUAUAAACUGCUGUGGGCAUUUUUGUAACGUCAAUGUAAUUGUGGAAUCUUUUAAUCAAAAGCCUGUAAUAAGAAAUUUUGGUAACAGUUUUAUUUCAAUUACAUUUAUAUAUUUUCAUACUCCUCUUAUUGGAAUUAUUCUAUAAUGAAUGUAUUCUAUCUAUGAUAAGAGAUGUGUACAUUAAAGAGUUUACUUACUUAGCAAA